AUGGCAGUAAGAGCUUGGAAAGCGAAUGCGCUGUCAGCAGCAGCAGCAGCAGCAGCAUGGAUCUUUGCAGCAACGGCGCUGGCCAAGGAUCCCCAGGUCAGAGUGAAGAAUGGCACAUACGAAGGUCUCUACCUGCCCUCGUUUGACCAGGACAUCUUUCUCGGGAUCCCCUAUGCUCAAGAUACAGGAGGCCAGAACCGCUUCCGCAUCCCCCAACCGCUCAACACCACCUGGGAUGGCAUCCGCACCGCCAAACAAUACGGCCACACAUGCCCCGAUCCAACCCCCAACGACCCCUAUGGCAUGAGCGAAAACUGUCUCAACAUCAACAUUGUCCGCCCCGCCGGCCUCAACGCCUCGCAAGCCGCCUCCCUGCCCGUCGCCGUUUGGAUCCACGGCGGCUCCUACCAGGUCGGCACCAGCUCGCUGCCCAACUACAACCUCACCUACCUCGUCCAACGCAGCGUCGAAAUCGGCCAGCCCAUUGUCGCAACCAGCAUCAACUACCGCAAAGGCGGCUGGGGCAUGCUGUACUCGCGCGAGAUCCAGGGGACCGGCCAGACCAACCUCGCCCUCCGUGACAUGCGGCACGCCCUCGCGUGGAUUCAGGAAAACAUUGCCGCUUUUGGCGGCAACAAGUCCCAAGUCACCAUCUGGGGCGAAUCCGCAGGCUCCUUUGCAGUCGGCCAGCUGCUGCUCAGCUACGGCGGCCGCACAGACGGCCUCUUCCACGGCAGUAUCCAGCAAUCCGGCUCGGCGGCCACGGCCUGGUACAACGGCUCAGACUGGUACCAGCCCAUCUACGACAACAUCGUCACACGCGCCAACUGCUCGUCCGCCAUCGACACCCUCGCCUGUCUACGCACCGUACCCUAUCCGCAAAUGCUCCCCUUGCUCGCGGCCCCAAGCCAAGGCCCAGGCUGGUACCCGACCGUCGACGGCGACAUCAUCCCCGCCUACCCAACCCAACUCCUCGCCGCCGGCCGCUUCGCCCACGUCCCCCACCUCUACGGCACAAACUCGGACGAGGGCACCGACAACGCGCCCGCCAACGGCCUCAUCAACACAACCGCUCAACUCUCCUCCUACCUCGCCCAGUCCACCGGCUUCGACUUCCCCGCCCCCGUCAUCGACCGCAUCCUCGCCCUCUACCCAGACGACCCGGCCCAAGGCAUCCCCCUCAACACCGGCACCGAACGCUUCCCCGCCCAAGGCUACCAGUACAAACGCAUCGCCGCCAUCCUCGGCGACACCUUUUACCACGCCCCCCGCCUCGUCGACGCCCGCGCCUACGGCGCCCACGCACCCACAUACAUCUACCGCUUCAACACCCGCCCCUGGCAAUCAAAUCCCCUCGCCACCACCGGCGGCGACGCCCCGGCCUACAAGGGCGUCAGCCAUUUCGCGGAAGUCGCCUUCAUCUUUGCUAAUCCGGCCUACUACGGCCCUUGGCCGGAAUACAAGGACCUCAGUCGCCAGAUGAGUGAGCAGUGGAUCCGCUUCGUCGCUACGGGGAAUCCAAAUGCCCCGGGUUUGCCGGCUUGGCCGCGGUAUGCAGAGGUUGGGGGUCCUGCGGUGCGUGGGGAUGGUGCGGCAGAUGGGUUGGAUGCGAUGAAUCCAGUCAAAGCACUGGAUGCACCAAAUCGACAACAAACAACCCCCGGCACCCUCCUCGUCCUCCAAGCCACCGGCCGCGGCCAGAAUGGCAGUCAUGUCGAAUCAGACACCUGGCGUCUUGCCGGACGCGAGUUUUUGAGUCGCUGGGCGCGUCGUAGACAUGUUUGA